AUGACGACUGUUGCCCGUCUUUCCGGAUCUUCCUGGGCUCACGUCCACUAUGGAAUCAAGUCUGGUCCGGGGACCCCACUUGUCUCAACCAUUGCGAUACUGAUCCUGAUCGUGGCUCUCGUCACUCGGGCAGUUUAUCUGGUCUUUUUCCACCCUCUGGCUAGAUUUCCCGGACCAAAGCUCUGGGCGAUUUCGCGCGUUCCAUGGGCAUACCAUGUUAUCAAGGGCGAUGUCUGGCACUCCAUGGACGAUUUUCAUAACCGUUAUGGCUCUGUCAUCCGUAUUGCUCCGGAUGAGCUCUCGUUCAUCUCACCGACGGCUUGGAAGGACAUAUAUGGCGCACGCCCCCAGUUGCUGAAAGACCCGCGCACGGACUCGCUCUUCACGGCGGUGGGAGAGGAGCACCGACGAAUUCGAGGCGCGUUCGUUAACGCCUUUUCCGACAAGGCGUUGCGGGACCAGUCUCGGAUCAUGGAGGACUAUAGCGGGCAAUUCAUCAACCGGCUGAAAGACGAGGCCCUCGGCCAUGGGCAGAUUCUGGAUAUCCAUGCAUUCGUUGGCUCCGCCAUCUUUGACAUGAUUUCCCACCUCACUUGGGGCGAGACAUCUCAGGCCCUUCAAGAAACGACCGCGACCAAGUCUCCGGACUGGAUUCGCCGUUUCUUUCUCCAUGCUCGGUUCAGCACGCUCCGAAAUUGUCUCAGCCGAUUCUCCCCGCUGGACCACAUCCUCCAGUCGGUCUUCCUCCGUGUCACUGCCCGCCAACGAAUUGCAAACACCAAGUUGACUUUUGAGCGUAUAGACCGCCGCCUGGCGGCCGGACAUUCCUCCACGGGGGAUUUCAUGGAGCCAAUCCUUGAUCGGAUCACUGAAGAUCACAAUCGCGCCUCCAAAGGGUCCAUCACCAAAAGUGAAGUUCUCACCAACGGGGUCGCGGUCGUCAUUGCCAACUCACAGCUGGGUACCAUCGCCGUUACUACGGCCAUCUACCUGCUCCUGUCCGGCCACCCGCGCUGCUUACGGCGGCUCGUGGACGAGGUCCGAAGCGCCGGUUUUCAGACCGAAGCCGGCAUCCGUGUUGCUUCGACUCAGUCACUACCCUACCUCAAUGCGGUCAUCAAUGAAACGCUGCGUCUGCAUCAUCCAACCCCGGGAAGCCUUCCGCGCAUCGCCCCAGACGAUGGUAUAAUGAUCGACGGCCACCUUGUUCCCAGGGAUACCGUUGUCGGGAUUAGCUUAUUCAACAUCCACAGACGGCCGGAAAACUUCACUCGUCCCCUCGAGUUCCACCCAGAAAGGUUCCUGAGCAAAAACGACGAGCGGUAUGAUGGAACCUUUGCAAACGAUCGACUGGAUGCUUUCCAGCCCUUUUCAAUGGGACCGCGGAACUGCAUUGGAGGAAAAGUAUUCCUGGCCCAGGCGAGGGUCCUGCUUUCGCGGCUGCUGUGGACAUUCGACAUGGAACUCGCGGAGCCUCCAGAGGCGGUAGCAAAUUGGUUGAAUCAAAAGGCAUGGCUCGUCUAUGAACCAAGAUCAUUGCGGGUGAAGUUGACCCUAAGGUCGGAUCGGCCCAACGAACUUUUGCAGCGAUGA